AUGGGUUCCAGUUUGGGAGCUAGAAACACUUUGGAGAUAUUGCUGGGGGAUGUGUCGAAGGACUUCCUGACUCGUCCCCUAACCCGGAAUGAAGCCUGUCUUGUUCUUCUCCGUGUGGCCGUCUUUGGAGCCACCACCUACUUCAGUAUAAAGUGGGUCUCAGAUGCCCUAGACCCAGCCCAGAAGCAAAGAAUCCAGUUGAAGAAAAGAGCGGAAGACCUGAUGAAGCAGAUUGGAAUAGAAAAGCUGAAGCUGACGGAGCACGAGAUGAACAUCGUUGCUCAUUUGGUGGUUCCCAGGGACAUCAAGGUCAGUUGGAAUGAUGUUGCAGGCUUAGAUGAACUGGUCAGUGAACUUCGGGACACCGUAAUCUUACCUUUGCAACAGACACGCUUGUUCGAGCACUCCAAACUCUGCCAGCCCCCAAAAGGUGUCUUACUGUAUGGACCUCCAGGAUGUGGCAAGACUCUCCUUGCCAAAGCAAUGGCCCAGGCCUCCAACUGCAGGUUCAUCAAUCUUCAAGCGCCCACCUUGAUGGAUAAAUGGUACGGAGAGUCACAGAAACUCACAGCUGCCGUUUUUUCUCUGGCAAUCAAAAUCCAACCCUGCAUAAUUUUCAUUGAUGAGAUCGAUGCUUUCCUGAGGAACCGGUCCAGAACUGAUCACGAAGCCACAGCUAUGAUGAAAGCAGAAUUCAUGAGUCUCUGGGAUGGGCUGCAGACAGCAUCUGACUGCCAGGUAAUGGUGCUGGGAGCCACCAAUAGGCCACAAGAUGUGGACCCAGCCAUCCUGAGGAGAAUGCCAAUGACUUUUCACAUUGCACUACCUACCCAAAGGCAAAGACAAGAUAUCCUGAAUCUGAUUCUUGCUGGAGAAAAUAUGAGCAAUGCCGUGAGCCUGAAGGAGCUGGCAGAGAAGACAUGUGGUUACUCGGGCAGCGACCUCUGGGAAUUGUGUCGGGACGCAGCCACGUAUCGCGUGCGUGAUUAUGUCCGAAAACAACAAAUGAGGCAGAUCGCCCACCUGCUGCACUGCAGAGGGAGUGUGGAGGAGACGGACUUGGAAGAAAAUCCCUUGAGGCCACUUACUCAGCUUGACUUGCUGCUCGCCCUGGAAAAGAUGAAGGAGUCCAGAGGAGCCUCUUCGGCAAGGCUGACGGAGCCACCUUUGGACUGA